AUGGGCCCCGAAGAAAGUGGCACGUCGGUCAAGCCGCUCCCGACAUCCUUCCACAACAAGCUGUCCAUGCUCCAGAACCGUACAGACAGCCUCUUCACCAACCUCAACUUCACACGCACCAUCCCCUCCUCAUCCUCCUCUCAUCGAUCCCCGGCCAAUGCCAGUGAACCUCCCUCCAACGCCCCGACACCGCCCGCGCAGUCUGUUACCCGCGAUGAAGAGGAUGAUUGGGGCAUGGACCUCGGCGGCGUCGGCUACGUCAAGCCCAAGGCGAAAAAGUGGGAUGAGAACGAGGAGCUGAGGAGGAAGGUACUGGGGAAGCGGGCCGAGCGGGAGCGCAAGGCUAAAGAGGAGGCCGAGAGCGACGAGGACAAUGAAGGUCGGGGCAGUCUAGGCAAGGAGAAGAAGAAGAACAAGAGGCCGCGCCGCGAGGAGACGCCGCCCAUUGACGAGGAGCACACAACGGCACCCGCGGCCAGCACAGCACAGGCCGUCACGGACGCGGACGCGGACGCGGAACCACAGCAACAGCCGGCAAAGAAGAAAAAGAAGAAGAGCAAGAAGAACAAGGCCAAGAAGACUUCAGAAUGA